GUGUGUUUCACCGCACGAGGGCGAGCACUCCCUUUUUUGGCUUCAUCGGCUGUAUUCCAUUUUAUCUCCUAUGCGCUAUAAACCCUAGAGCUAAGCAAUAAAUUGCGAUCGAAUCCGGCGAUAUACGCAUAAAUUUCGUAUAUAUACGCGGAUUUCUCGCUAUUUCAUGGGUUGUUCCUCGUCAGUUCCAGAUAGAAAUGUUGGGCGUGUAGGUGGAGUUAACACCGAUAAUGGGGAAAAUGGGUGCGUGAAUGAUGCUAAAAACCUUCGUGUUAAGUUGGUGCUGUUAGGAGAUUCUGGUGUUGGAAAAAGCUGUAUUGUUCUUCGAUUUGUUCGGGGUCAGUUUGAUCCUACAUCUAAGGUCACAGUUGGAGCGUCUUUCUUGUCUCAGACAGUAGCUUUACAGGAUUCGACUACUGUGAAGUUUGAAAUAUGGGACACAGCUGGACAAGAAAGGUAUGCAGCUUUGGCACCGUUGUAUUAUCGAGGCGCUGCAGUCGCAGUUGUUGUGUAUGAUAUAACUAGCCCCGAAUCAUUCACUAAGGCACAAUAUUGGGUCAAGGAAUUACAAAAGCAUGGUAGUCCCGAUAUAGUGAUGGCUUUGGUUGGGAACAAAGCCGAUCUCCAUGAAAGACGAGAAGUGCCAGUUCAAGAUGGAACUGAAUAUGCUGAAAAGAAUGGAAUGUUCUUCAUUGAGACUUCCGCAAAGACAGCUGACAACAUAAACCAGCUUUUUGAGGAAAUCGCCAAGAGACUACCACGGCCGCCCUCGACUCCUUCCUCGACCUGAACUGAAACUUGGAUUUGAAUGUAUAUGUAUACAUAGUAAUUUUGUUAUGAAUGAAAUUGCAAAUGGUUGUAAGCAUGGAAUGGAAGUGGCUUACCCUAAAUUCUCGAGCAUUAGCAUUAUAUGUAUGGUGGUUUGUGCUUUGGUAUUGGUAUAUGUGUAUAUAUAUAUAUGUGUGUGUGUGUUCUCAAAUA